AUGAUGAUUGGGUUUCACUGGCUGUUCAGCCUUGUCGCUUCAUAGUUCCAGAAGAAUGCGGGCAUGGCAUGACAUACCCGAGCUUGGCUUCUAGCAUAUAUAAGCUCAAGUCAAACCUUCUGUUUUCUUCAAUUGUAUACACCGUACCGAAACAAUAUGCCUUCAUUCUCCGAACAAGAUCUUGUCUACGAAAAUGGCAGCAAGACGCUGCAUUACCUCUCCGCUGGUCCCGAAGAUGGGGACCUAAUCAUCUUUAUGCACGGCUGGCCCGGCAUUGGAAAGACAUGGCACGACCAGCUCACCGAGUUCUCAAAAAGAGGCUACAAAGUCGUUGCUCCCGACAUGCCAGGAUACGGCGGGUCAACCGCCCGCAAAGUGGCCUCCGACUAUGCUCAGGAGCAAGUCACCAAAGCCAUGUUGGCUCUCCUGAAGCACCUCGGUCGUAGCCAAGCCAUCUGGGUAGCCCACGAUUGGGGUUGCGGAACCCUCUGGACUCUCGCGCGAACUCGUCCGGAGGUCUUCAAAGCUGCCUGUGCAAUGACCGUGCCCUACGGCGUUCUCGAACUUGGUCUAGAAGAAGCGCUCAAAUAUGUCGAUCGCAAUGUUUACCCCGAGGACGAGUACCCGUAUGGUCAGUGGAGUUAUCAAGCUUUCUACGAGCAAGACUUCGAAAAGGCCACCGAGUGGUUUGACAAGGACCCUCGGGGUUUCUUGAGGGCCGCCUUCACAAAGGGCAACCCUGCGGCCGUAGGAAAGCCUGCCCCAAUGUCAAACACUGUGAAGGACGGUGGCUGGAUGGGUGGUGCUGAGAAGCCCAUUCCAGCCAGUGCGAUCCCCGACGAAUACGCUUGUAUCGACAAGGAGACGUUCGAAGAACUUGUGACCGCGAUGGAGAAGACCGGUUUCUGGCCUGGUGACGCUUGGUACCUCAACCACGCUGCAAACAGAGCUUUCAACCUGGAUAACACCAAGAACGAUGCUCGUCUGAAGUUUCCAGUUCUUUUCAUCGAAGCUAAAUACGACACUGUCUGCGAGACUGUAAACUCAAGCUUAGCUGAUCCCAUGAAGAGACUUUGCGACGACCUCACAUAUGUGAGCAUCGCCGCGGGUCACUUUGUACCAGUCGAGAAGCCGGAGGAAGUCAACUCGGCAAUGGCAGACUGGCUCGAAGCCAAGGUACGUGGAUAGAAAGAUCAAGCCUACGAUAUAAACAAGCGACAACAAGGAAGAGCGAACAUCUGAUCACGACUGGACAGCCGUCGUCCAGCAGCUGGAAACUGAGUCAGGAUGUAGGUUUCUAUAUCUAUGUUAUCGACGCGUUCGGA